AUGUUAACUGAUGAACAACGCUCUGUCUUUGAAGAAAUUAUGGCAGCAGUGAAUGGUGAUAACGGUGGGAUUUUUUUCCUUUACGGCUAUGGUGGAACAGGUAAAACAUUUCUAUGGAAGACAUUGUCCGCUGCAAUUAGAUCAAAAGGUCAAAUCGUCUUAAAUGUGGCUUCAAGUGGAAUUGCAUCGUUGUUGUUAGAUGGUGGCAGGACUGCACAUUCCAGGUUUCACAUACCUUUGAAUCUUACUGAAGACUCUGUAUGUAAUAUAAAACCAGAAAGUGACGUGUCUAAAUUAUUGCAUGAGACGAAAUUAAUAAUUUGGGAUGAAGCACCUAUGGUACACAAACAUGCAUUCGAAGCGCUGGAUAGAACAAUGAAUGACGUUUUCAACAUCGACCCAUCUCUCAAUUCAGACAUCCGGUUUGGAGGUAAGGUAAUUGUUUUUGGUGGCGAUUUCAGACAAAUAUUACCUGUUGUUCCAAACGGUGGAAGACAAGAGAUUGUUAAUGCCUCAUUAUGUUCGUCUUACUUGUGGAGUAAAUGUAAAUUGCUAAGAUUAACAAGAAACAUGAGGUUAACCGUUGGAAGGUCGACGGCAGAUAUUGAAGAAAUAAACAGUUUUGCCAAAUGGCUUUUGGAUUUGGGUGAGGGUAAUGUUGGUGGUCCAAAUGAUGGGGAAGCAACUAUUCAAAUACCACAAGAUCUUAUGAUUACUGAUGAAUCUGACCCAAUUGCAAGUUUAAUUGAUUUUGUUUAUCCAUCAAUAUUGUUGCUCUCAAUGUUUCCUGGUGAAGAAAGAGAGUAUCUUAGCUCUGACAGUCUUUGUCCGACUGAAGAUGUAAAUGCUACACAACAAAGAAUAUACUCUCCGGAUGUGCUCAAUGGACUUAAAAUAUUUGGCUUACCAAAUCAUAGGUUGGUGCUAAAAGUUGGUGUUCCAGUAAUGUUAUUACGAAAUAUUGACCAACGGAAUGGUUUGUGCAACGGUACAAGGCUACAAGUAAAAAAGUUGUACAACCGUGUAAUAGAAGCCGAGAUAAUAUCUGGUGCAAAUAUUGGUACUUCUACAUAUAUACCUCGAAUUAAUUUGAUCCCUUCUGAUAAAAAGAUUCCUUUUGCUUUUCAAAGGCGGCAAUUUCCACUUUCCGUAUGUUUUGCGAUGACAAUAAACAAAAGUCAAGGCCAGUCGCUUUCAAGAGUUGGUUUGUACCUGAAACAAUCCGUCUUCUCUCAUGGUCAAUUGUAUGUUGCUUUAUCAAGGGUGAAAACAAGAGAUGGGGUCAAACUACUCAUACUUGACAACAAUGGAAAACCGACAGAUAAAACAAGUAAUGUUGUUUAUAAAGAGAUUUUCAACGAAUUAUAA